AAGAUCUGGGACGCGGUGACGGGCGCGUGCGAGCAGACGCUCGAGGGCCAUGGCGGUCGGGUGAACUCGGUGGUGUUCUCAGCGGAUGGCCAGCGUCUCGCGUCAGGCUCGUGGGAUGGGACGGUCAAGAUCUGGGACGCGGCGACAGGCGCCUGCUUACAGACACUCGACGUUGGGAGCGUACAUCAAAUUGCAUUUGAUCCAACGACAAACACUCUCCUCUCUACCGAUAUUGGACUUCUCAACUUAGAUCACCUGGCGCCUGCCAUCGAUGAUCAGUCGACUGAACUAACCUUACGGGGUGUUCGCCAUUCUGGUUGGGGUAUAAGCACCGACGGUGUAUGGAUUGUUAAAGAUGGAAAGGAGAUGCUUUGGCUACCUCCGGACUAUCGAGGGGCUAAGGCCGCUAUUGUUAGAUCAACGGUCGCUAUCGGUUGUCGUUCAGGUCGUGUGUCGGUGAUGAAAUUCUCUUAG